AUGUCCUUCCUCCCCUGUCUUCACAAGGAGCAGCCACUCAAGCUCAAAGACUCGUUGCAGCCACAAACCAGAUACUUGACAUUCAGACUGCCGGCCCCGCUUUCCCCUAAUGUGGAGCAACCGCAGGCUGGUGUCACCCUGCAGCCGGGUCUCCAGGGUGGCCCCCAGUUCCUACUUCCAACACAACACUACACCUGGUCUCCACUAGGGGGCAGUCCAAUGAUCAUCCCUCUGCAGCCGAGCCUCUACGGAUCUCAACCUGCUAACCAGCCGACACUCCCACAACAGCCUCUGAUUUUCCCUCCUUAUAGAUACUUCCCUCAUUUCUCAUCUCCCUAUAGAAAUCAACUGAGCUCUACACUUGGCAGUCUGAGCUCAGAGGAACUCCAGCUGGCCAUGUAUCUGACCACUGUGCUCACAAACCCGCCUGCUGCAGCCGUUCAGCCUGUGAGCCAGGCCGCUGGGCUCGCAAACCGAGAACAACAAGGCAUCGUGCCAACUGUGGAGUCAACUGGAGUCCCACAGACCCUGGAACCAGCCAGCUCUGGACCUCAGCCCAACACUAACGUGCUCCCUGUAGGUUUGGAGAGACCAGCGCAGGAAGCCACCACUGUCCAAACAUCCAUUCAAGCCAAACUCCAACCCACUCAGGGAUGCCUUGCCUGA